GAAAAAAGAAUAACACUCAACACGCUCAUCUUGACUUCUUCAUCCUCCUCCGAAGUACAAUAAUUUUCAUCAUUUCCAAUAAUUAUUCUAAAUAUUUCUACUCAAACUAUUCGAAACUGGGUGAAUUUAACACCACCACAAACAAAAUAUAGUAAUAUCAAGAGUAGUAAAAGAUAGAAAUCCAUACCAUCUCCAAAAAGCAAAAUUAUCAUCUGCUAACAAUAACUCUUGCUAACAACAACAAUAACUGCAAUCACCACCCAUCAACAACAACAGCACAACAACAACUAGUUAUUACAAUUCACGCGCCAAAAAACAAACAUGGGACAAAACAAUAGCACAACGACAUCAACGACGACGCAACUUGAAGGCUCACCACGUUAUCAUGUAGCAGGAACCACGCAACAACAGCAAGCAACACAAUGGAAUGGAAGAUGACGAUGAUGAAGAAAUGAUGAUGAAUAAUCAAUCCUAUAUGCAGGAUCAUGAUAGUUAUCACUACUUGACGAGUCAAUCGGCACAAUUUUCCAAUGAUCAUAUUUCGUUGGAUUUUAAUGUUGGUUAUUAUGAUGAGUUUGAUAAGAUGAAGAAUGUAGUGUUGAAUAUGAGAGGAAGUGCCAAUUUGAGAAGUAAUACGCAUUUGACUGUGAGAGAUGAGUAUGGCAAUUGUCUCAAGAUGAGAUUAGUCGGCUCGACAUUUAUUCUUACACAACUUGGUGAAUGUCCAACUAAAUACUUUGGAAACAGUUCAGAUUCUAAUCCAGGUUGCAUACUGUUAGAAAGAGGCUUAUUUGAAGUUGAAGCCAAGUCACCACAACCUUUCGUCUAUUCACAAAAUUUAAAGUUGGUAGUCAGUAAGAUUUCAAAGAAAACUUCCAGAAAUAUUGCAAAAUAUAUUACCUUCUUAUUCGAGAUUGAAAAUUUAGGUUAUAUCGUACUUAGUUUUGGACACAGAAAGUGCAUGAGGACUAGUGUAGUCUUUGCUACUAGUGUCUUUGUUUCGAAAUUUGUCUCUAGAGAUUGUCCAAAUGGUAUUGAUACAGUUAACACCAAUGAGGCAAGGAAUUCCACACAUAUCGAUGGACCAACCAGAAACAGAUCUGCUUCUCAACCACAACAAAGGAAGCGAUCUGCAGCCACUCCAAAACCUCUCAUCUCUCUUCAUGCAGCAUCCAAAUCAUUAACAGAAUUAUCUACCUCAACCUCAACUAUUAUUGAUAACCAACAAAAUCCACAAACUCCUCAAAGUUGUGGUUCAAAUGGAUCGAGUCCAUUCCCAACCCAAUUCUUGAACACCAAUGCAUAUAGCUCCUCGACGCACAUGAUUGGUUCUCCUCUCAUGCCACUUAGCCCAUCCACAACUACCACCUCCAUUGGUAGUAUUAGUCCAAGGUUUAAUCAACUUAACAACAGUUCAAGUACUGUCAAUACCCCACGUUAUUUACAGAAUUAUCCAUCUGAAUUUUCCUCUCCAUCAAGUUAUCAGUCAAGUAACUUUGGACAGAAAAAUUCAAGUGUUUCUUCGAGUACUAGUUAUUGCACAAGUGGCAAUUUUGCUAGUAGUGUGUUGAGUCAUCCAUCAACCACAAGUUUAUUGUUCGAUUCAAACGAUAGAAUAUUGGGAAACAGUAGUUCCCCUCGCCAACAUUACUUAUCAGAUCAGUAUUCAUCUGAGUUUGUAAUCAAUUCCAACAAUACCUCUCCAAAUCCUUCUCCACGAUUGAGAACAUCCUUCUCAUCGACACCACAAUCAAAUUCACUCUAUUCACCAUCCACACCUAACUUCCCUAACCAAUUCGACCAACAGUACAAUAUGCAACAGUAUAAUACUCCUCCAUUUGAAUGCUCAACAUUAUCAUGUGAGUUUAACGAGGCUGGCAUUUGUACAAUUAUCAAUAAUCAUCCUGAGGGUUUCUCCAGAAAUGAUAAGAUUUCUGUUUUAUUCAUUGCUUGUGAACCUCAAGAUGUUCAAAUUGAAAAUGGUUUGGUUAUAGAGGUAACCUCCAAACUCCUAGUAUUUAGAGUACCUGUUAUACCUCUCUCGCUGUGUCAAUUACCACAAAUAAGAGCCAAGCUCUUCCUUAAAAUUAAUGGCAGACUCAUGUUUUUGGACUAUUUCACUUUCAAAAAUGGAGAAUAUGAUUUUGCCUUCAGACCACUUCAUAACAUGAUGUACCAAAAGACAUCACCUUCCAAUUCACAAGUGUUGAAUGCACUCUUCCAAAAUAACCAAUUUAAUUAAUAAAGUUGAACUAAAUGUUUA